AUGAAAUAGUUACCUUUAGAGUAAUUUGAUAAACAAUUGGAGAAAUCUUUCCAUCUGCAAUAACCGAAAUAAAAAUUGUAGGAAUCAAUAUUUCAAGAUGAAAGAGUGGAUAAUGUCGAUUAUGUUUCUCCUUAUACCAUUAGAAAUGAAACUGGAUUCAUACUUGAAAUUAGUGAUACUACUAAUAUCAAUAAGAAAUACAUUUUGUAAUCUAAUUCAUCCAUCAAUUACGAAAUCGAUGCUGAUUUUGAUUAAAUGUUUGGAAGAGAAAGAGAUGAUUUGCAAUAAUAAUAACAAAGAUUAGUGACCAUCAAGGUAAUCCAUAAUAAAUACUAAUUCGAACCUAUGAAAUCCAUUGAUUUAGACUGCAUCAAGGUAACUAGAUGUCCAAUCAAACCAUUUAAUAGGAAUACUGAUAAGAUAUUCAUGUUGUUUGUGGAAGUAGUGCCCAAAGACACUAGAAAGUUGCUCUUGAUAUCUUCUGAAACCAUUAUCUUCAAUUAAACUGAUAUGAUUAUAGAUUUGCAAUUAUUUGAUUUGGAAGGAGUAUAAGAACAAAAUAUUUACCAAGCACAAAUUGAACCUUACAGAGCCUUUAGUGUGCCUAUUGAUAGAACCAGAUAAUAUUUCAACUUUAAAUUCUCACGCCAUCCAAAAUAUAGCAAUUAUAUCAAUUUGAGAUACUUAUCAGAUAAUAUUGAAAAGAGAUACGAGCAAUAGCAUAAUGACUAUUAUACUAUUAUUAGAUGUUCUAAAAGAAAUGUGAAUUAAACUCUGGUGUAUUUGGAAUCCCCAUUUUAAAUUAAGAAUUGUCUACCUAUGCCCAUUUUAUAUGAAUUGUACGGGGAUUCUGAACAAGACUUACUAACCGAUUCUAUCAUAAUACAAUAACAGCCCAUUGAUAAUGAGCAAUCUAAUCUGACCAAUGUCACACUCAAACAUCUAGACAAAUAUCAAUAUGAACAUCUGCACUAGAAAGAAAAGGGAAAGAUUAUGAAAUAAGAGUAAAAGUUAAUACAUACAAUUUCAUCAAAAGGGAGAUUGGCAAUCACAGUAAAACUGCCAUUUUUUUAGAUUUCAGGAAUUCAUAUGUUGUAUCAUGCUAAAUUUGGUCCCUUCCAAGUUGACAACAUUCAACUAUGUGACUAUUUUGGAAAUACAAAUGGAUAUGUGUUGAUUGAUCAAAUCAAGAAUGUGUUUUAUAUUUAUUGCCAAUAAAUGAUAGUGAAUGAAUUACCCUUCAAAGUUUACAGCUAUGGAGUGACAGACAUAAAGAAGGGUAAUCCAACUAUAAUAGCUGGUUAGCCUAUGAAAGAUUUGGAAGAGAAUGAUACUCAUAACAUUACUCUAUUUAACGAUUAAUAAUAACUAGCAUUCUCAAGCAGUGAGAACUAUACUCAGCUUUCUGAAACUCUAAAUUUGAAUUACACAGGAAAUCAAACAGUGCGCAUAUAAAAUGAAUCAAAUUAAAUUAUAGAAGUAGGCUAUAACAUAUCUUUAAUGUGUGUAGACAAAUAGAAACCCUUAGUAACCAAGGUAUUAACUAUUUCUCCAAGAUUUAUCAUAGUUAAUCAAACUCAAAACACUAUUCAUGUAUUGUAAGAAUCAAGCAAUUAAUAUUUGGAGAUCAAGUCAAUGGAUAGACAACCUCUAGUUUGGUAUAAUCUACGUUAUUAAUACAUUUCUAUUCAUUAUUAAGAUGGAUUUAUCGAAUGGCAACCUACUAAUCCUAUUGAUCCAAAUGGCAAUGGGUUCUAGUGCUUUACCAUUAGAGCUGCAAACAAUUUACAAACUAUCAAACACUUCAAUUGUAUAACGAAAAGAGACAAUUAGAUAGUAUAUCUAAUUAUUUUAGAAUGCAAAUCGAUUGUCACAUAGAAUUCAAUCUAUGAUUAGUCGCAAAGGAACUCUAUGAUUUAAUAAACAUAAUCAUAAAUUGUAAACAUCAACUAGGUGGAUCCUCCUUAUGUAAUAGUUAAUAAUUUGGAAUUAGUGACAUUGAUUUGUUAUCAGUAUUGUUGUUCAGAUGAGAAGUAUAGUCAUCGCUAUUAAUUCAAUGAAUACAAGUUGUAUAUAAAUAACAACUAACAAUGUGCAUUCUCUUGGGAAUAUCCCUGUGAAAGAAGAGAUCUGGUCAUACAACUCAAAUUUGAAGGAGAACUAAGUACACAUUAUAGAGUGAAUCCCAUUUUUAUCAAUCUUGAAGAAGCAGAGGCUGUUUAAGAGUAUGUCAUUUCAAGUGUAUUGAAUGAAUCAGAACAAUACAAAUUUUAUAUUAUUUCUCUUUGGGAAGGUGCUAGUAGGAAAUUAAAGUUCUAAUAGGAAGUACAGAACUAAUAAAAUUAACAUGACACAAAUAUUCUGAAAUUGGAUAUCAAUUUAAAUUAGGUAGGUAUAUCAUUGAUAGACUAAUUUUAUAAGAAGAGAGUGGAAUUAAUAUACGUUUAUUUCAAAGGAUUGGAAUUUAACUUAUUAUAGACAACACAGAGCAGGAGAUCUGAAUUCAAAGUUAAGUACAUCAAUAUCGAUAAUAACACAUCCAGUAAGACUAUGUUCCCUGUGAUUUUUACUCCUACAAAAUUUCAAAGAAAUCUUUGA